AUGGAAGGGGAUCGAGGAUCGUAUUCGACGUCCAGCCGAAACUGGCAGCGUGGAAGUUAUCGUAGCCGUGGCGGAAGACGAAGAAAACGCCGACGGAAGCCAUGGGGCGAGAGGAUCGCAGACUGGACUCGUACACUGAUAGCCUUCCUCUUCAGCAACGUUGGUAUAGUGUGCUUGGUAGUCGGGUAUACCAUAGCUGGCGCGUUCCUCUUCACUCACAUCGAGGGCAGGAACAACCUGGACGUUGUUGGAAACGUGAUCAGGCUGAGAAACUUGACGGCUGCCACUCUGUGGGAGCUUACCUCCAAGGAGAAUGUGUUUUCCGAGAGGAUCUGGAAAGUGAAAGUGAGGGCGAUCCUCGAGAGUUAUCAGAAGAAAAUGGUAACGGCUAUAAAGAACGGCUACGACGGCAGUGAGGAAAACAAAAGGUGGAGCUUCGCCGGGGCGUUUCUCUAUUCUCUCACUGUAAUCACCACGAUCGGUUACGGGAACAUUUGUCCAAAGACGAAAUGGGGCAAAAUGGUGACCAUAGUGUACGCUAUAAUAGGCUUGCCACUUUUCUUGCUUUAUCUGAGCAACAUCGGUGACAUUCUCGCGAAGAGCUUCAAAUGGAUUUACGCUCGCUGCUGUCUCUGCAAAUGUCGAAGAAGACCAGUGGAAGUACCGAAUAGGGGAAACAAGUAUGGCGACGCUGAUGUUAGGAGAAAUCAUUGGCAGUUUGUCGAUGUAAACGGAAGGGAAAUCGACACGAUCAGCGUGGACAAGGAGAUCUCCUUCGAAGUGGACGGAUCGAAAGAGACUGACAGAAGCGACGAGGACGACGACAGUAGCAGCUACGAUCCACAACGCGUCACGGUGCCUCUGACACUCUGUGUCGCCAUUAUGGUUGGGUAUAUUUGGGCGGGAGCGAUCCUGUUCUCCGAAUGGGAGGACUGGAACAUGCUGGAUGGUUCUUAUUUCUGCUUCGUCUCCCUGUCGACCAUCGGUUUCGGCGACAUAGUGCCAGGCGACAAAAUCUACGCUGCACAGGGCCUCGAUUUAUCUUUCAUCUUCUGCUCCAUGUACCUGAUGCUCGGUAUGGCUCUGAUCGCGAUGUGCUUCAACUUGAUGCAAGAGGAAGUGCUCGCGAAGGUACGCGCGUUCGUGCGUACCAUUAAAUACAUAUUUCGAUGCGACAGGUGA